GCCUCAGUGUUAACAUGCAUUACAUAAUCACACUUGCGCUGAUCAACGUGGCCCUCGUCCAGGGUUGGGGUUACCGCGCGUCGGACCAGCGACGAUGGGCAGUGCUACACCCGGCGUGCGGCGGCAGGCAGCAGUCGCCCAUAGCCAUCUCCGCGCGCCAGGCCAUACCCAUCAACAUCCCCGCUAUGGAGCUGGUGGGCUACCAUAACCCCCUGCCUGGACCUCUGAGCAUCACUAAUACUGGACAUUCGGUCGCCCUAACCAUCCCCAAAUACUCAACCGACGAGGUGAAGAAAGGUUUCCGUCUGCCAUACAUCUUCGGUGGUCCCCUCGACAACGAGUAUGAGAUAGAAGGCCUGCACUUCCACUGGGGAGACAAGAACAACCGUGGCUCGGAACACACUCUCAACGACUUGAGACUGCCACUUGAGAUGCACAUCAUACACAGGAACAGAAAGUAUAAGAACGUGGGUGAAGCGCUGCAGCACCCUGAUGGAUUGUGUGUGCUUGCUUUCUUCUUCCAGGUCGUCGAAUUCGACGCGAAGCUCCUCAGCCCGAUCGUGAAGAAUCUCUCCGCAAUCGAGAACUACAACACGACGGUGCAGUUCUCCCACACGUUCUCUCUCUCCUCUAUUCUCUCCGGGCUGGACGCGGAGAGAUUCUACACGUACCGCGGGUCUCUGACAACACCGCCCUGCGCUGAGGCUGUCACUUGGGUUGUUUUCUCGGACUAUUUGCCGAUUUCUGUGUACCAGAUGGACAACUUCAGAGGUCUACUAUCCAACUUGAACCUGCCUCUUGUCGACAACUUCAGGCAACUCCAGCCGCUCUUCGGCCGGCGAAUCUUCGUCAGAAUCACAUCUAAACACCCCAAGUUCAAGAAGAACAAACUACAAUACUCCAAGUGGGAUUGGAUUGGACACAGGAAGUCUGAAAAUGACGUCAUGGAAGACGAUUGAUGGCAUUCCGACAUCCCCUGGAUAAUUCACUAACAAUUUCUAACACAUCAUUAAUGUUCUGUAACACAAGGACAAUCUAAACUUAUCACUUAUAGUUACUUAAUUGAGAUUUUCAUAGGUACUUAAUUGAAAAAAACCUUGAUUGGGAAAUGAAAAAACAAUCCAACUAUAAUAACAAUUAUCCUUAAAUUUUGAGUUAUUAAUGCAGCAUUCAGCAAAAACUGUAGUCUAGGCCUUUCUUGUCCAGCAAGUACCUGACUCUUGAGCAGUAGCGGCGUAACCGAAACCGACGGUAAAAAGGCGACCGCCCAGGGCACCAGUUAAAAAGGGGCGCAGAGGCAUGCAAAAGGGGAGACCAUUUUUCAGCACUACUUUCAUUCUCGCCCAGGGCGCUGGUAGUGCUAAAACCGGCCCUGCUCCUGAGUAGGACAAACCGUUUUAAAACAUAGAGCGUAAACCAUGAUCUAGGUCAGUGGUACUCAACCUUUUUUUAUACGAGCCACAAACACGUUUUGGUCUUGAUGUCGCGGGCCGCAACUCGCAAGUCACAACCAAAUUUUUUUAUGGUUGAAAACUACUGAAAAUAACGUUUUUUCAAGAUUAGCGAUUGUGGUAAAUUUUACACGACUUUCACGACGACUGCACUAUUUUGCUGCGGGUUGAGUAGGGUGGAACAAAACUAAGUGCUAUUGGGUGUGUACGUGUUCCUUGUAAAGAGUUCUCUGUGCAAGUAGCAGCUC